AAUUUCUUCUCUAAUCUACGAAACAGGAUGAACGACCGGUUGUUGCUUCGGACCUGGGUGGCCCUCUCGGUGCUGAUUGCCCGGCACGAAGCUCACGCCAUGGCGAAUCUGUACCCGUUCUGGCAGAACGACACGAAAACGCCCAAAGUUGAUGAUGGAAGCUCUCCUGAGAUUAAGCUCUCUGUCCCGUUCAUCUUCUUUGGAUCAUCGUACAGAACCAUUUAUGUCAACAACAACGGCGUCAUCUCCUUCAAUGUGCUAGUGAGCCAGUUUACCCCAGAGGCCUUCCCCCUCUCGGACGGCCGGGCCUUCCUCGCCCCGUUUUGGGCAGAUGUGCACAAUGGCAUCCGAGGAGAGAUCUACUACCGGGAGAGCACGGACCCCGAGCUGCUCAGGAGAGCCUCCAAAGACGUCCGCAAGUACUUCAAAGACAUGUCCUCCUUCUCUGCCACCUGGAUCUUCAUUGCCACCUGGGAGGAAGUCACUUUCUACGGGGGGAGCAGCACGACUCCGGUGAACACUUUCCAGGCUGUCCUCAUCACAGAUGGCGUGUCUUCCUUUGCCAUAUUUAACUACCAUGAAAUCAGCUGGACUACAGGGACAGCCAGCGGAGGGGAUCCUCUCACAGGGCUUGGUGGUGUGAUGGCCCAGGCUGGAUUCAAUGGAGGAAAUAUCACCAAUUUUUUCAGCCUCCCAGGCUCCAGAACCCCAGACAUAGUUAAUAUUGAAGACACAACCAACGUUAAUGUCCCUGGACGCUGGGCUUUCAAAAUAGAUGGCAGAGAAAUAGACCCGGCUCAUGGCUGCAGCCUAAGAGGGCAAUUUCUCCGUCAAGGAGAGAUCUUCUGGGAGAACUCAAACUGCAGCACCAAGUGCCGCUGYCUGGACUUCAACAAUGAGAUCUUGUGCCAGGAGAUGGCUUGCAGCCCCCUUGAAGCGUGUGAGCCGAAGAUCAAGUUCUUCCAGUGCGUGCCCGUGGAGAGCAGCACCUGCGUGGUGUUCGGAGAUCCCCACUACCACACGUUCGACGGCUUCCUCUUUCACUUCCAGGGUUCCUGCUCCUACCUCCUUGCCAGGCAGUGCUGGCCAGGGUCCAAGCUGCCCUACUUCAACGUGGAGGCCAAGAAUGAGAACCGAGGCGGCUCCUCCGUCUCCUGGCUGAAGGAUAUCUUUGUGGAAACUUAUUCACACAAGAUCRUCCUCCCCAAGGGCAGCUUUGGGAAAGUGAAGGUCGAUGGCUUGGUGACGUCCUUACCCGUCUCCUUGGAACUAGGUGCAAUCAAAGUCUACCAGAGCGGCCUGUCUACAGCCUUGGAGACUGAUUUUGGCCUGUUAGUGACCUAUGACGGACAGCACUAUGCCUCCAUCUCUGUCCCGGGCACGUACAUCAAUGCCACGUGUGGCCUCUGCGGGAAUUACAACAAGGACCCCGAGGACGACACCCUUCGCUCCGACGGGCGAUUAGCGGCAUCCGUGCUGGACCUGGGCGAGAGCUGGCGCGUGUACCACCCCGAUCGGAGGUGCUCCCCGGGCUGCUUGGAUAACUGCAGCCUCUGCGACGCGGCCCUCGAGGCGCUCUAUUUCACCGCCGAGUACUGCGGCUUCAUCAACAAGAGCAGCGGGCCCCUGUGGGAGUGCGGCGCCGUCGUGGACCCCACCGCCUUCGUGCACAGCUGCGUCUACGACCUGUGCGGCUCGCACGGCAACGGCAGCGGCCUGUGCCAGGCCAUCCAGGCGUACGCCCUGGUGUGCCAGGCCCUGGGCAUCCCGGUGGGAGACUGGCGCGCCGCGACGGGAUGCGCGGCGGCCGUGCAGUGCCCGGAGUUCAGCCACUACUCGGUGUGCACCAGCAGCUGCCCGGCCUCGUGCUCGGACCUCACGGCGCCGCUGUCCUGCGGCUCGCCCUGCACCGAGGGCUGCGAGUGCGACGAGGGCCACGUGCUGAGCGCGGAGCGCUGCGUGCCCGUGCGCGAGUGCGGCUGCGACGUCGSCGGCCGCUACUACGCGCUGGGCGAGUCCUUCUGGGCCGCCGCCGACUGCUCGGUGCAGUGCCGCUGCGAGGCCGGCGGCGAGGCCAGCUGCUUCAACACCACCUGCCAGGAGGGAGAGGUCUGCACUGUCGAGGAYGGCUACCAGGGCUGCUAUCCCAAGCGGGAGACUGUGUGUCUCGUGGGGCAGAACCAGGUGCUGCAGACGUUUGACGGCGUGACGUUCCCCUACCCGCUGGAGCACUCCUACACGCUGCUGAAGACAUGCCCGGAGAGGCUGGACUUCAUCGAAGUGGACAUCAGCCAGAAGAAGCCGGGCUCUGCUCCCGACGGGCCGCGCGCCCUGAGAAUCCAGGCCGUCAGCCAGGAGGUGAAGAUCGGAGGCACCAGCCCUGCAGAAAUCAAGGUGAAUGGCUACGACGUGGAGCUGCCCUAUUCCCACCCUUCUGGCCGCCUGGAAAUCUACCGUAGCAGAAACGGCACCGUGGUGGAGUCGGAGGGACUCCUGAGCAUCCAGUACUACGACUCGGGCCUCCUGGAGAUGCGCCUCUCCACCGCCUACUUUAACUGCACCGGAGGCCUCUGCGGCUUCUUCAACGGCAACAGCAGCGACGAGUUCUGCCCCCCCAAAGGCAAGUGCACGGACAACCUGGAGCUCUUCCUGGAGAGCUGGACCACGUUCGACGAGAUCUGCAACGGCGAGUGCGGCGACCUCCUCAAGGCCUGCGGCAAUGACUCGGAGCUGCUCAAGCACUACAGGAGCCGCUCCAAAUGCGGCAUCAUCAACGACCCCACCAACAGCUCCUUCCUGGAGUGCCACGGCGUGGUCAACGUCUCGGCCUACUACAGGACGUGCCUCUUCCGCCUGUGCCAGAGCGGAGGCAACCAGUCGGAGCUGUGCGACUCCGUCGCACGCUACGCCAGCGCCUGCAAGAAUGCCGAGGUGGACGUCGGCCAGUGGAGGAGCUACAGCUUCUGCCCUCUCACGUGCCCGGAGAACAGCCAUUUCGAGGAGUGCAUGACGUGCACGGAGACGUGCGAGACGCUGGCCACGGGCCCCGUGUGCGCGGACGCCUGCRCCGAGGGCUGCCAGUGCGACGACGGCUUCGCCCUGCAGGGCACGCGCUGCGUUCCCCGCAGCGAGUGCGGCUGCAGCUUCGAGGGGCGCCAGCUGGCCACCAACCAGAGCUUCUGGAUGGACAUCUCCUGCCACUUCCUCUGCUACUGCAACGGCUCCGACAACAGCGUCUACUGCGAGAGYGUGCCCUGCAAGGACGACGAGUACUGCCUGGAGGAGCACGGCCUCUACUACUGCCGCGUGCGCACGGACGCCUCCUGCAUCGUUUCCGGCUACGGGCACUACCUCACUUUCGACGGCUUCUCCUUCGACUUCCAGAGCAGCUGCACCUUGGUCCUUUGCACCACCAUCUCCCGGCCGAGGGUGGAGAGAUCGGACACCUUCCCCGCGUUCACUGUCACCGCCAAGAACGAGGACCGGGACCCGUCCCUGGCCCUGUGGGUGAAACAAGUGGAAGUGGAGGUCUUCAAUUACAACAUAGUCAUCCACCGUGCCUACAAAUACACAGUGCUGGUCAACAACGAGCGUCUCUACCUGCCUCUGAAGCUGGGCCAGGGCAAGGUGAACAUCUUUGCCUUCGGCUUCCACAUUGUGGUCGAGACAGACUUUGGGCUGAAGGUGGUGUACGACUGGAAGACCUUCCUCUCCGUUACGGUGCCGCGCAGCUUCCAGAACCUGACCUACGGGCUCUGCGGCCGCUACAACGGCAACCCCGAGGACGACCUGGUGGCCUCCAGCGGCCUGGCCGCGGCCGGCGUCACCGACUUUGGCCAGAGCUGGGUCCGGCGGGACACGUUCUGCCAGGUGGGCUGCGGCGACCGCUGCCCCGCGUGCGGGAAGGUGGAAGGCUUCUGGAAACCCCAGCAGCUAUGCAGCCUCAUCCCCAGCCAAAGCGGCGUCUUCGCAAAGUGCCACAGCAAGAUCAACCCCGGCUUCUUCUACAAGAACUGCCUCUUCGACACGUGCAUCGACGGCGGAGCCAUGCAAACGGCCUGCAGCUGGCUGCAGAACUAUGCCAGCACGUGCCAGACCCAGGGAAUUGCCAUCACUGGCUGGAGGAACUUCACCUCAUGCUCCGUCAGCUGUCCCCCCAACAGCCACUACGAGAGCUGCGUGUCCCUGUGCCAGCCCCGAUGCGCCGCCAUCCGUCUGAAAAGCGACUGCAGCCAUUACUGCGUGGAGGGCUGCCAGUGCGACCCGGGCUACGUCCUCAACGGCAAGAGCUGCAUCCUUCCCCACAACUGCGGCUGCUACUCGGACGGCAAAUACUACGAGCCCAAGCAGCUGUUCUGGAACAGCGACUGCACGCGCCGCUGCCGCUGCUUCCGGCGCAACCUCAUCCAGUGCGACCCGCGGCACUGCAAGUCSGACGAGGAGUGCGCCCUGCGCAACGGCGUCCGCGGCUGCUUCAGCACGCGGAGCUCCUUCUGCCUGGCCGCGGGCGGCGGCGUCUUCCGCACCUUCGACGGGGCCUUCCUCCGCUUCCCGGCCAACUGCGCCUUCGUCCUCUCCACCAUCUGCCAGAAGCUGCCCGACUUCUCCUUCCAGCUCAUCAUCAACUUUGACAAGUGGUCCUCGCCCAACCUCACCAUCAUCUCCCCCGUGUAUUUCUACAUCAACGAGGAGCAGAUCCUUAUCAGCGACAGGAACACUGUCAAGGUGAACGGCAGCCAGGUGAGCGUCCCCUUCGUCACCGGGCUUUCCACCAAGAUCUACAGCUCGGAGGGCUUCCUGGUCAUCGACUCGAGCCCCGACAUCGAGAUCCGCUACAAUGGCUUUAACGUCAUCAAAAUCACCAUCGGGGAGCGGCUGCAGAACAAGGUGUGCGGCCUUUGUGGCAACUUCAACGGUGACCGGACUGACGACUAUGUCACCCUGCGGGGAAAGCCUGUGGUCAGCAGCGUGGUGCUGGCGCAGAGCUGGAAAACCAACGGCAUGCAGAAGAGCUGUAAYGAGCUGCAGUACUCUCAGUACGCCGCGACCUGCGACAACGUCCAGAUCCAGAUGCUGCAAAGCGACAGCUACUGCCUGAAGCUGACGGACAUGAAAGGCUUCUUCCAGCCCUGCUACGGCCUGCUGGACCCCCUGCCUUUCUACGAGUCCUGCUUUCUGGACGGUUGCUACAAUCACAAGAAGAUCCAGCUCUGUGGCUCCCUCGCUGCCUACGGAGAGGCCUGCCGCACUUUCGGCAUCCUCGGUACCGAGUGGAUUGAGAAGGAAAAUUGCUCAGGAGUGGUGGAAGACCCGUGCGUGGGCGCCGACUGUCCCAACCGCAGCUGCGAGCUGGACAACGGAGGGGAGCUGUGUGGCUGCAUCGAGCCUCCGCCCUACGGAAACAACACCCACGACAUCAUUGACGCGGAGGUGACCUGCAAAGCUGCCCAGAUGGAAGUGUCGAUCUCGAAGUGCAAGCUCUUCCAGCUGGGCUUUGAGCGAGAGGGCGUGCGUGUCAACGACCGCCACUGCCCUGGCAUCGAGGGCGAAGAUUUCAUUUCCUUCCAGAUCAACAACACCAAGGGGAACUGCGGCAACGUGGUGCAGUCCAAUGGCACGCACAUCGUGUACAAGAACACGGUGUGGAUCGAAAGCGCCAACAACACAGGCAACAUCAUCACUCGGGACCGCACUAUCAACGUAGAGUUUUCCUGUGCCUAUGAGCUGGAUAUAAAAAUCUCUCUGGAUUCUGUCGUGAGGCCGAUGCUGAGCGUGAUUAACCUGACGGUCCCGACCCAGGAAGGCAGCUUCACGACCAAGAUGGCRCUGUAUAAGAACUCGUCCUAUAAGCACCCGUAUCGCCAGGGCGAGGUCGUGCUGACCACCCGGGACGURCUCUACGUGGGGGUGUUUGUCGUCGGAGCGGACUCGACCCACUUGAUCCUGACGCUGAACAAGUGCUACGCGACGCCCUCGCGGGACAGCAACGACAAGCUGCGCUACUUCAUCAUCGAGGGAGGGUGCCAAAACAUGAAGGACAACACCAUUGGCAUUGAGGAGAACGGGGUGUCCCUGACUUGUCGCUUCCAUGUCACCGUCUUCAAGUUCAUCGGGGAUUACGAUGAGGUUCACCUCCACUGCGCUGUCUCGCUCUGCGACUCAGAGAAAUACUCCUGCAAAAUAAACUGCCCUCAGAAUAGCCGCAUGGCCAGGGAUUUCACCAAGGAGCCCAAGGAGCAGAUCCUGUCGGUGGGGCCGAUCCGUCGGAAGCGGUCCGACUGGUGUGAAGACAACGGAGGCUGUGAACAGAUCUGCACGAGCAGGGCAGACGGGCCCCUGUGCAGCUGUGUCACAGGGACGCUGCAAGGGGACGGCAAGAGCUGCAGAGCUUCCAGCUCUUCAGGGCAACCCCAAGCCUGGCUCCCUGUGCUCGCAGCCACCCAGCUGCUGCUGUGGCCCUCUCUGUAUAAAUGGGACUUGACCUCAUAAGGGAUGUGCGGCUCUGCUGCCCAGACCGGUACUGUUGUUUCGUAAGUCUGAGUAUCUGUAGGGUAGGAGCAAGAGCCCCGAAGCAGUAAACCAACCUCUGACUCGCACCGCUGCCGGCAAGGGGAAAGCAGGUGGCCAGGAGUCAAUGGGAGGAGCAGCAGGAUGUGGGAUGGGAAUGGCGCAAAAAGUGUCUGAAAUGUUGGAGAGGRGACGGCAGGGUGCCGUGUGAUGGUUUUUGGAGGGAUGCUGGACUUUGCUGAUUUUCUUGUGUAGUUUUUUCCCCAGGUUGUCUCUCAUGAUGGCCUCUAUAGUCUGAUGGUGUUUAUGUGGGGUGGUAGGGCUCUCUGCCCGGGAUGUCGGAGACGUCCAAGUUCCAGCGGGCAUCAGGGUCCAGAUGCUCUCUUUGCCCGCACUGUGGUGACUCAGGUAGUGUCAGUGUCUUUUGAGCGAGCGGAAUCAUCCAGAGGUGCGUGUCCCGGGGCAAGGUCUCCAUGCCUGUGUGUGGGAUCAGGUCAGAUAUCUGUUGACACUUAGGAACCACGGCAGAGGGUCCAUAAUGUACCUGACCACAGGCCAUGUCCCCUCCUGUUAACACGGGAGGCACAUGUCUAAACUCCUGAAGCAAGGAGCCCUUCCUUCUAAAACUGUGCUAAGCGGUGCCUCGUCCCAGGGAUGAGUGCCCGUCCCUCCACAGGAAGAAGUGCGGAGCGGAGCGGAGGGAAGCCCUGCUGUCACUGAGGGACAGGAGCCCCUGCGGUGUCCUCAGCAGGGUCGGCCAUGGGGAGAGCAGGUCCUGUUUUGGUGAUGUCGGCGGGAGAGUCGGGAGUUGGCUUGGUGCAUCUGUAGGCUUGGGAGGGGGCGGUUCUUUUGCUGACAUGUUUUGUGUUUGUAUUAUGUGACUUGGCUGAGUGAGAAUAAAAUGUGUUGUAAUCCUUCC